AUGGCGAGCUCUCCUUGGCCAGCCUCCGCCCCUGCUCUUCCUCCUCUCGCCGUUGCUGCACGUCUCGCUCCAGUCCCGUUGCCCCCACCGCGCGAGGUACCCUCCCCAGGCGCCCGUGUUCCUCCUCGCGGCAGCCGUGUCGGGGGAGGGAUCCUUCCCAAAUCCGCCUCGCGCUCCUCGCCGCCGCUGGCGAAAUCGAACCGGAAGAGGAGCACCGUGUGGGCGUGGGCGUGGGCGUGCGUCGAGGCGUCCGCGGGGGCGGCUCGCACGGGGGAAGAGCCAGUUGUGGAGGUCCCAGGAGACCUGGACGCCGUCGCAGGGAGACCUCUCCCAAAUGCCCCGAGUCGGCGCCGGGGGAGCGAGUCCACUGGACCAGGCGUGCUCCGCGAGGACGAGCAGCUCCUCCUCCGCCUGGAUCCAGAAACUGAGCGCGCGGAGAGAGAUGGGCGAGUGGAGUGGAACACGGGCGAUUGCGCAAGGAGAGAGAGGAGACGGGCGAGUAGGCAGCCGUGCUAA